AAUAAAUUUACUUGCCACUUAACCAUCACAUGUCUCUUAAGAACAAUCAGAAUAUAUAAAACUCACCAUGAUGUCAGGGUUAACAAAAACAAAAAAUAAUAAAAGUAAAAACCAAUCAGAGACUCACAAUGAAAACAAAAAUGAAAAUAUGUCCUAGUUUUCAGUUUUUUCGGAGGGAUUGUUGCCUAGAACUCGCUCCAAUCCCAUUUUUUCUGCCAUCAAAUUCCAGCUUCAUCAUCAUGCUGAACAAGACAGCCGAUCUCCUUAUUUGCUGGAUGAGAAUAGCCACACUCGGUGCAAUUGCCUCACCCUCCGGCAAUGCAGCCGCCACAUCUCGUAGCACAACCACCACAAUUCACGCCGCAGCCGCCACAACCCACGACACAUCCAUCGCAAUUGGUCCAAACACACAAGCCUUCAAAUCCGUUGCCAACACAAAGCAAAUCCAAAGCAUUACAUCUGAUUGCAUGCCAUGUAUUCUCCCACAAAUAAACAAGAAACAAACACAAAGCCGCUCCAACUAUCAGUUAUGGCCAAAGGCAGUGGAAACCCCGAACCCUACUAAAUGAAACUGUUGAGAUUUAUUCAUUAACUCCAAAGGGUCUAACACUUUCCUUUAGAUUUUAG